UACUAAUUUUGCUAAUCUUCCUGAUAAGUAGUUACGUAUUUCCUGGUGAGUUAUAUUUAAACCUCUGUCUGAAUCCAAUCAACGGCAAACUAUUAAAUAUUAGCAUAGAUAAAUUAUUUUGUGUUUGAGAAUGGAGGUUUCUGUUAUGUGUGCAAGGAUCUUCUGCAGGUGAGAGAUAAAUAUUGUGUUUCAAGAGUAAUUCACAUAGAAUGCAUUUCUCUUCAUAUUCUUGGAGCCACUCCUGGCCAGGUCUGUCAGAUGAGUCGCCAUGUAAUUGCUAUAGCCAGAUUCUUCAACUGAUAACUGUGUAUUUCUUUUUGUUGGUGGAUAUUAAACCGAGGUUUAACACUUCAGGGACCAAGGGCACUCUGCCAGAACUUCAUCUUCCUAACCGACUUUAUCGAGAUACAAGUAGAGUACAGUGAUGACCAAGUCACGCAUAGUGGCUUCUAAGCUUGUAAAGGCUUUUACUGAACACAAGGUUAAGAAAACUUACAUUUGCGCUCAGUGUUGGUUCAGCUCCAAAAUGGGGAACGAUCACCAUAAGCUCUGGUCAUGAUUGUCAAAUUUUGGAGCCUGGAGUGUAUAUGCUGCACGAGAUGUGUGUCGGACACUACCAGGUGGGUCCAUUGUAAAAGGCAUGGAAGUUCUAUGAACUAUUACCUAUUAAUGGACAAGGGAGACUCAAAGAGUUAGCUGAAAAUCUGAGAAAAUAGUAGUUGAAGAGAAGUUGUGAAAUAUGCUGAUAUAAAGAAAGAUGAGAUUUUGGUAAGAGCAUUUCAGCCCAUUUCCUAUGAGUGGAAGAACACAUCAAAUCCAGUUACUAUCUAGGAUAUUUUUUUUUUCCCUUUAAGAGGGGAUCUAAAUUAUGGGGGUGCAGCAAAUGGAAGGAGAGAAUAUCCGAUGACCAUGAACUGCAUGCUGAGAGCUUGUCUUUUGAACAUCCAUUUCCUGGUCUCCAGUCAUGUUCUAUGCGCCUCUAUCUUCAUGGGCCAAAGAGGUCUUGCAAACUUUAUGACAUUAAAUAGGCAUUCUGGAAGUUGUGACUUUGGAAGGGCUAGCUAAAAAUAUUGUAACAUGAUAUACUGCUGAUGUUUUUCUGUGGAAUAGUGAAUGCUUGAUUUUACUGUCACCACCAAUUACAAUUUUCAGCCGUACAGCUCACAGUAUCAUUUCUUUUACUCAGUAACCAAGUCAGCAGACAAUCAAGUUGCAGCUAACCAUGACAGAUACAUUUGAAAGCUGAUUUCAUUUGAGAAACAAGCAGUAAGAAGUGAAGCACAAAUGACUGGAACAAGGAUGUUGCUAAUAAACUUUGUCAGAGAUCUGAGUCUCUUGCUAUAGUACGCUUGCAAUCAAAGGUGAUAUGUAGGUACUUGGCUUAAUGGUCUAAGCUACAGUAGUAAAGUUCUACAUGUGGUUAUCAAUGAAACUACAUGAAUUGAGUAUCCUAUAUCAAAUUGCAUGAUAUAAUCAUCAACAUUAUCAAGUUGAAAGAAAAUAUUUCUGCUUUUCUUACUAAAUGGCAGAGCAGUUGAGAAGCUGCCUGAGUUGUUCCACUGAAAAUUCAGGGAGGAGUAAGGUCAGGCCCUAACGAAGAAGGCAAGUCUAAAGCCCACCAAACCUUUCUUGAAGUGAGUCGGUUCAGAUUGUGUGUCCCAGCCCAGUCGAGAAAGCAAGCCGGAUAGACCUCACAUGCGGGUCGCUCCGAAGGAAGCCCAGCUCGGUGAUGUGAUCCGAGGAAGGAGAGCAGACCCAGUUGCUUCGCAGCCCUGUCCGCAUGUGUGCGAGAGGAAUUAAAUGGCCGUUUGGUGUGAAGAGGAGUUUUGACACAUCCGUAUGUACAGACCUGAAAGUGAUAGUGACAGAGACGGAUAGCUCUGUAGCAGAGAGACGGUUAGACGUCACUGGCGUACAAAAGGAAAAGGGAUAAAAGGGGAGAACGUCUUUCUCUCCGCCUAAGCUCACAUAACCACUGAAAAUCCUAUUUUCUGGAUCUCAAAACAUUAAACAUCAAACAUUCAAACAUUCAACCUCCGAAACGAAAAUCAAAUAAUCAAAUAUAGACAUAAACCAAUUAAUCAAAUAUAGGCAGAAGAGUUAUUAAUCUGUGAUGGAAAGGAUUUGACCAUGUAAUAAUAUAACAGCUAAAGAUAGCUGAAUCACAACUUGAUAGCUAAGUAAAGAAACAAACCACCCAUAAAACUUAGUAGCUAAGUCUAUGCUAGUAAAUAAAUGAAUUUUGAAUUUUCCAGUUUUUUUUUUAAAUAAUAAUAGGAGACCAGCAUUUUAUUUUUUAAACAUUAUGUUUAUAUAUAUGUAAGAAUAAUUAUUUUCUUUUACCCACCAGAAUAUUAAAAUUCAAUCUUGUUUGUGUUAUAAUAUAAACAAUGGAAGGAAAGUAACUGUAAUAAUAAACGAGUAAUCGCAGCUGCAUUUCGUUGAUAUUAGCAGCCGCUAAGACGCGUUUAUACAACGAAAGGUUUUUCACGAAAUCAAGAAUAUAUUACGUAUGCGCACAAAUUAAUUUUAAUAAAGAUUUCUUUAGCCAAAAAAUAAAAAGAAAUGAAAUUAUUAUUGUUAUGUUAGAAAUAUACACGAUUAAAACCAGUUUUGUUAUUUUUAUAUUUCACAAUGACCAAGACCAACAAAUUUUACACGUAAUGCAAGAAUCUAGCCAUCUUGAACCAAUUUUUAUUUAAUUAACCUCUUCAACUUUGCUUUGGCUGUUGAAUUAUUCUUAUUAACCCUAUUCAGACGGAGGGAAAAAAAAAAUAAAAAAGCAUUUGAUAAUUUCUUUCUAACAAACAAUAAUAAUUAAUAAAAUAAAAUAACAUAAACUAAAAGUCAUGCAUUCAGUAAUUAAUGUUUCUUCGAUCUUGGUAUUCUCCGAUAAACUUAACUCUUAAGACAAGUACUUUUCAUACUCAACAUUGAUCGAGCAAGCAAUAGUUUAAAUUCUUACCUACAAAGAGACAAAGCUGGAUCGAAGACAAGGAAAUUUGUGAUAUCUUAGAGGGAGACAGUAACAUAACUCAAAACUGCUAUCCUAACCUGCUGGUUUACGAAUACAAGGACCUGAAAAAGAUCUUCUUUUGCACCCAGCUCUAAUCAAACCAACCAGUUGUUCUUGCAGAUUCCAAGAGCCAUGCAGGGCCUCUAAAGAUAUCUUUCUUGGAUAAUGCACUUUCUCAGUUGUAAUUUUCAUAGGCUGUACUAAGAACCCAUCAGUGGCUUUUGGCUAUAUUUGCUGCAACACUGUUCAAGAAACCAAGUGAAUUGUGAAAUGGGUAUGUUGAGUGAAGGGCAUACACAGAUUUUGAUACUUGUAGCUUCCCUGGUUGGCAUUGGGUUUGCUUUGCUUCAAUGGUUUUUGGUUUCAAAAGUGAGAGUCUCUGGUGAGUCUGGUAAUAUUUAUAAUGAUAUAUUGAUUGGAGAGGAAGAAGAAGGUGUUGAUAAGCAUGAUGUUUCUCUCAAGUGUGCUGAAAUCCAAAAUGCUAUUUCUGUUGGGGCAACGUCUUUCCUGUUUACUGAGUACAGGUAUCUUUGUAUCUUCAUGGGUGUUUUUGGGGUCAUCAUCUUUCUCUUUCUUGGUUCAGUUAAGGGCUUUAGCACCAAAAGUGAACCAUGCACAUACAACAAGGGGAAUCUUUGUAAACCAGCUUUAGCCAAUGCUUUCUUUAGCACCAUUGCUUUUUUGCUUGGUGCUCUCACUUCUGUCCUCUCAGGUUUUCUAGGAAUGAAGAUUGCAACUUAUGCCAAUGCUAGGACAACUCUACAAGCAAGGAAGAGUGUUGGAAAAGCCUUCAUCACAGCUUUUCGGUCCGGUGCAGUAAUAGGUUUCCUUCUCUCUGCCAAUGGGCUUUUGGUGCUCUUUGUAUCCAUCAAUUUGUUCAAACUCUACUAUGGAGAUGAUUGGGAAGGACUCUAUGAGUCCAUUACUGGUUAUGGUCUUGGAGGCUCCUCAAUGGCACUCUUUGGAAGAGUUGGAGGAGGUAUCUACACAAAAGCAGCUGAUGUUGGUGCUGAUCUUGUUGGUAAAGUUGAAAGAAAUAUCCCUGAAGAUGAUCCAAGAAAUCCAGCUGUUAUUGCUGAUAAUGUGGGUGACAAUGUAGGAGACAUUGCUGGCAUGGGUUCAGAUCUAUUUGGAUCUUAUGCUGAAUCAUCUUGUGCAGCACUUUUCGUCGCAUCAAUUUCACAGUUCGGUGUCAACCAUGACUAUACAGCCAUGUCUUAUCCAUUGAUUAUAAGUUCAAUGGGGAUAAUAGUUUGUCUGAUAACUACACUUUUUGGUACUGACAUGUUUGAGAUUAAGAAUGUAAGUGAAAUUGAACCGUCAUUGAAGAAACAACUACUUAUCUCAACCAUUCUGAUGACGGUUGGGAUUGCCAUGGUCAGCUUCUUAGCCUUACCAUCAGAAUUCACUCUCUUUGAUUUCGGGACAGACAAGCUUGUAAAGAACUGGCAGCUUUUCUUUUGUGUUUCCAUUGGCUUGUGGGCUGGACUUGUUAUUGGGUAUACGACCGAGUACUAUACUAGCAAUGCUUACAGUCCAGUGCAGGAUGUAGCAGAUUCUUGCAGGACUGGUGCUGCAACAAAUGUGAUAUUUGGAUUAGCUCUAGGAUACAAAUCUGUCAUAAUUCCUAUUUUUGCAAUUGCAAUUGCUAUCUAUGUUAGCUUUAGCAUGGCUGCCAUGUAUGGCAUUGCCAUGGCUGCUUUGGGAAUGCUUAGUACAAUUUCGACUGGUCUAGCAAUUGAUGCUUAUGGACCCAUAAGUGACAAUGCUGGAGGUAUUGCUGAAAUGGCUGGAAUGAGUCAUAAGAUACGUGAAAGAACAGAUGCUUUAGAUGCUGCUGGAAACACCACGGCCGCAAUUGGCAAGGGUUUUGCUAUUGGAUCAGCUGCUCUGGUUUCCCUUGCUCUAUUUGGUGCCUUUAUCAGCAGAGCAGGCAUCAAAACUGUUGAUGUUGCUAACCCCAAGGUCUUCAUUGGGCUGAUCGUCGGCGCAAUGCUUCCAUACUGGUUCUCUGCCAUGACAAUGAAAAGUGUGGGAAGUGCAGCACUAAAAAUGGUCGAAGAAGUCCGUCGACAAUUCAAUACUAUUCCAGGACUUAUGGAAGGUAGAACUAAACCAGACUAUGCCAACUGUGUGAAAAUCUCAACUGAUGCCUCACUCAGGGAGAUGAUCCCACCUGGUGCUUUAGUUACACUUACACCACUUGUCGCUGGAACCUUAUUCGGAGUCGAAACUCUUGCUGGUGUUCUUGCUGGUUCACUGGUUUCUGGUGUCCAGGUGGCCAUCUCAGCUUCAAACACUGGAGGUGCAUGGGACAACGCCAAGAAAUACAUUGAGGCCGGUGCUUCUGAGCAUGCUAGAUCACUGGGGCCAAAGGGUUCAGACGCUCACAAAGCUGCUGUGAUUGGUGACACAGUUGGGGACCCUCUUAAGGACACUUCUGGUCCUUCACUUAAUAUCCUGAUCAAGCUUAUGGCAGUGGAAUCAUUGGUGUUUGCUCCAUUCUUUGCUGCUCAUGGAGGCCUGUUGUUCAAAUUGCUUUGAAUCUGAAUCUUAAACAUUGAACAAAUCUGUUAGCCAAGGUCAAAGAAAAAAUAUUUGCUAGUGAAGCAUUAUCAGGUGAUGGAGCUCUUACUGCGGGAGUUUGGACUUUUGAUAUGUAAAUGGAAAGCUUAUGAUAAGGCUUUGCUUCUGCUACCUUUGCCAAUUUUACCAUCAAUAAAAUUACCACUUAUUUUAAUAC